GCAAUCCCGGGUGCCCGGUUGCGCUACCCCGAUGGGGCAAUCUCAACCACCCCUCCGGGACCCUCCGCUUCCCCAAUGAAUGGUAACUGUUGGCGAGAUGGGAUGGCAUGACGGCGAUGCGCACGACUUGCUCGUUGCAGAUUAGAGAUCCAAAGCGCGCGAGCUCGCUCCUGAUCAGGCAUCUUUGAGACCAUUUGCCGUUUUGGCAGCCGAAGUGGUAGCAUUGCGGGACAGUUGAACACCUCGAGAGAUCCUUCCACGUCUGAACGAGCUUAUCACGAUCCCCGCACGCCUACUUAUAGGUACUUGGAGGCGCCGCUGCUGGAUCUUUAUCGAGGCUGCGUCACCAAGAGACCUGCAUCUGCAGCGCACUUUACACGAUGGAAAGACUUCGCGGAUUCACUCCUUCGGGCGUGCUCCAAGAUAGCCAUGUGCGACACUACGCAGGAGCGCUCGUCCUGAGCGUCCUAGUCGUCACCGCGUUAGGCGUUCACCUUUGGAAACGGCAAACCCGAGCGCAGAAUAACUCGAGUCCAUCGACUCCCAUACUAGAAAAAGGCACGCACCGUGAUGCAGCGAGACCCCAGACCCGAACCUGGGGUCGCUGGGAGCGCUCAGACUUUGUCAUGCCCAGGCCCGAGCCUUAUCCCGCCUGGUCGUUGGAGCACACGAAACCUUUACCAUAUCGACCGUUCCGGUACGGGCCAAAGUACAAUGUCACCAUGGGCUUGAGGACAGUCAAGCACGAGGACUGGAUCGAGCUGGACAACGACUUCCCGCGCUUUCACGCCGACAAGAAGCAGCGCAUCGAGGAGCGGGGGUCCAAAUGCUGCCAUACCGCCCCAGAGGCGUACCCUGCGGCAAUGGAGCUGCUCGAGGAACUUACGGAAUACCUGCCAGCACGAUAUCCAAGCCUUUACCGCCGCACGCAAAGAGGCCUGGACAACUUGUGGUCAGGCGAGACGUUCGACAUCACCGCCCGCCCCCUGGCGGAGGAUCCCAUGCAGAUGUGUGCGCGGCUCGUGCAGGACGACCUGGCCAUCAUGAUUGAGAAGGAAGACGGCCAGUACUACCUGCUCGCGGGUGCCAUCCUGCUGGCCGGAUUCUGGCGGUUGACAGACAAGCUUGGGAUGCCGCUAUCCGAGAUCCACACGUCCGGGUCGGUGCCGCAGUACAAGGAGAAGCUGGAGAAGGGCAUGAUGAACUUCUUUCGGCGCCUGAAGCCCGAGGAGAUGGUUGCGCGCAACAACUACUUUGUGCAGGUGGACGACGAGCUGGCGUGGUCGUGGAGCAUCGGGGACGAGGACGCUGCGCUCGUGAGCUGGAGCACGGCCGAGAAGAACCGGGCGAUUCAGCACCACCACUUCCGCUCCGAGCGGCAGACGCUGCGGCGGCUGCCGAGGAGCGGCGGCGUCGUCUUCACGAUCCGCACGUACUUCCACCCCAUGACCGAGAUUGCCGAGGAGGACUAUGUGCCUGGCCGCCUCGCGAGCGCGGUGCGUAGCUGGGGCGAUGACGUGAGCCGGUACAAGGGCAAGGACAAGUACGGCGCGGUCCUGCUCGAGUAUCUGGACUCCAAGCACGAGGAGCAGCUGGCCCGAGGGCUGGACGUGGAAGGUGAGGACGAGGCCAGGGCUUACCCGUUCUGAUGCCGACAGUGGUUGCGAUUGCUGGACCAUGGAAGAGGCCAGCUACGAUAUCGUGGAAACCCAAGGAUAUGCUGCCACUACCGGAGACAACGACGGCGCGUCGCCUCCAGUUGUCGAAACCGGCAUGUGCUUCAGCGUUUUGGGGGGGGGG